GACGCACAGCAGGAACGGCGCACGCCGUCCACAGUCGCUCCACAUACGGAUAUACGCGCGCGGCUUACGGGGCUGGACGGGAGCUCGAGCCCCGGAAGGAUCACUUGUACGGGCUUAUCCGAUGCAUGAGACGGCGGCUGGGGCACGCGGUCUGUCGGUCGGUGUCGGGAUCACGCUGUGAUUAACGGAUUUUUUUUUUUGAACCCUAACCCUAACCCUGCCGGGACAGAUGAAUACAAAUGAAUUUAGCGACCCGAAGGAGAGAUUGCAGAACCUCUCGACUCGACCCAAAGAGAGCAUUACUCCUCUGUACUCUUCUCUACUGUAGUUGUCACCUGGGACUUGCUCAAGUACUCUCUGAAGAUGUGGACGUGCUACAGAGACUGGGCUUGCGUGGAGGUCAGGGGUCACGUUCCGUUCCUCCAGGGGUCAUCUCCGUGCCGACGGGGGUCAUCCUUACAUCACGGGCUCGCCUGGCAGCACCCUUCCUCUCCCUCCUCCCCUCCUCCAGCAAACACACACCAGCCCCGACACACAUGGACUUGGCAGUGCUCGUGAGCCUGCGCCUGCACCGACGAAACUCCGCCUUCCUCUUCUCCAUCCUCUCCGGCUCCCGCUUGCAGCUGGGCGUGGAGCUCUCGCCCGGCCAGCUGACCGUCCAGGCUGGUGCGCGCUCGCAGCCUCAGCCCGGCGGCGCAUCGUCGCCGUCGCCCAACGCGGUCAGCUUCCCGGUGGACCUUCACGACGGGCGCUCGCACUCCCUGGCGCUGUCCGUGAGCGGCCGGCGAGUGUCGCUGCAGGCCGGCUGCGGCCAGAGGACUCAGACGCUGCUGUUCCCGGCCGAGCCUGCGCCCCUGGACCCGCGCAGCAGCUUCCAGCUCGGCCGUGGCGGCGCCAGGCUCUCGGGAGUGGCCUUGGAAGGGGAGCUGUGUCAGCUGGACCUGGUGAACUGGGAACGGGUGACCGAUGGAUUCUGCAGCGUCAUGCGGCCAGAGUGCAAAGAGGACCCCGGCCAAUCAAACCACACACACUCCCUGCUCCGUCAGCCCCCGCUGGAGCGUGAGCCGUUGCCAUGGAAAGCCCCACAAGUCACCGGAACCCUCGGCGCCACUUUGGUGUCACCAUCGCCCCGUGGACCCACGCAACGCACUCACACCGUAGCUCAGACACGGACUCAAACGCCACGGACGCCAAGACCGACUGACAGGAAGGCCUCCCCCAAGCCCACGCUGAGAGCGAAACCCAGUCCUGCUAAGCCAACCGCCCCGAAAUCAACGCCCCCCAAGCCCUCCCGGAAACCCCUUCCCACUAAACCAGCUGCCACCAAGACCACCGUCAAAAAGCCAACUCCUCCAAAGCCCACCUUAAAGCGACCCACAGCCGCAAAGCCCACUGCCAAAAAGCCCACCACUCAAGCCCUUCCUGCCCUUAAGCCAACCCCUAAGAAAGCUCCAGUGAGGAAGCCCACUGCCUCCACCCCCCCUCCCAAACCCACCAAGGAGGCAGUGCCCACCCCACGAACCCCUUCCAGGAAGAGCCAACGCAUGGCUGUGACCCCGUCUACACCCAGAGUCACCUUGGAAUCCACCCCCACCUUGGCCAUGGACCAGUUUGUCACCUACGACCCUGACCUCUCAGAGGUUCUCCUGCUGCCUGGACCCCCAGGGCUGAAGGGAGAGGCUGGAUUUCCGGGGUCUCCGGGACCACCGGGUAAGCCAGGCCCUCCAGGGAAGCAAGGACCAAGGGGGCCUCCUGGACCUCACGGCAAACCGGGACGACCAGGUCCCCCAGGGCUGAAGGGUCAGAAAGGAGACCCAGGACUUUCUCCAGGAAAAGCACCUAAUGGAGACAAAGGAGACACAGGCAUUAUGGGGCCAGUGGGGCUGCCUGGUCAGUUCGGGCGUAAGGGGCAGAAAGGGCAUCCAGGUCCAGUGGGCCUUCCAGGAGAACAAGGUUUACAGGGUCCUGAUGGAUUGCCUGGGGCCAAAGGUUAUCCUGGCAGGCAGGGUUUGCCUGGGCCUAUAGGACCUCCUGGACCAAAAGGCGCACGGGGUUUUAUUGGGAUCCCAGGGCUAUUUGGUUUACCUGGAGCCGACGGAGAGCGAGGCAUUCCUGGACCACCGGGGAAGAGAGGGACGAUGGGUAGGCCGGGGUUUCCUGGUGAUUUCGGUGAGAGAGGACCACCAGGAACUGACGGGGAGCCAGGCACUCUGGGAGCUCCAGGGCCUCCUGGUGUUCGUGGAUUGGUUGGUGAUAUGGGAACUGCAGGCCCUAUGGGGUUGACGGGACCCAUUGGCUUGAAGGGGGUGUCGGGAAACGUUGGCCCUAUCGGACUGAAAGGUGAUAAGGGGGAUGUUGGCUUUCCUGGCAAGCAAGGAGAGAUUGGGUUCCCCGGAGACAAGGGUAUUCAAGGUGUGCCAGGGUUGCCCGGUCCACGGGGGAAACCAGGCCUUCAGGGUAGACCAGGCGAUAGAGGUCCUGAUGGGUCACCUGGUCCACAAGGGCCAGAGGGUUUUCCUGGAGACAUCGGACCUCCCGGACACAACGGCCUUGAGGGUCCAAAGGGAAAGCUCGGUGCGAGGGGAUUACCUGGGCCGAAAGGAGGCGCUGGACUGUUGGGCGAUGAGGGACCAAUAGGCCCACCCGGACCACCAGGACAUGAGGGGCUUAUGGGCAGAAAGGGUUUCUCUGGGAAAACUGGGCCUGAAGGAGACAAGGGUGAAAUAGGAAUCACAGGAAAGGUUGGACCCAUGGGUGAAAAGGGCCUGAUCGGGUUCAUUGGACCGGUUGGUGAGACGGGCCUGGCGGGAGAGAAGGGGGAUCGUGGUGAGAUGGGGGUGCCAGGACCACCAGGAGAGAAAGGAUCAACAGGUCACCCAGGACCUCCGGGGGAGGCGGGGCUUAAGGGACCCCAAGGAAUGCCAGGUACCACCGGCUCUCGAGGACCAGUUGGCAACAGAGGACCGAAAGGCAGACGGGGACCCAGGGGGCCUGACGGGCUGGUUGGGGAGCGUGGUGGUGAGGGAAAGAAGGGCCUUGAUGGACCACCAGGGAAGAUUGGUUUCCCGGGCCAUGAUGGGAAGCUUGGGGAGCCUGGAGAAAGGGGGCUUAAGGGUUUUCCGGGUACACCAGGCCCCUCCGGCCCACCAGGAGAUAAGGGGAUUGCAGGAGAACCGGGGCCUUCAGGUGUACCGGGAACCGUUGGGCCUCUUGGGGAUAUGGGGCUGAAGGGUCCUCCUGGCAAAGUUGGGGAUUCAGGACUUUCAGGCGAACCAGGAGAGAAGGGGUCUCUUGGACCACCAGGAAAUGCUGGAGAGGCCGGCCUGCUUGGCCCCAGGGGAGAGCCAGGACUAGAGGGAGAAGCUGGACUUGCUGGGCCUGAUGGACUCAAGGGGGAGAAGGGCGAUAUGGGACCAGAGGGGCCACAGGGGGAGAGAGGCGAGCCUGGACUCAAGGGGAAGGAAGGGCCACCCGGAGACCCUGGACUUACAGGCGUUAGAGGCCCUGAAGGCAAACCUGGGAAGAUGGGUGAUCGUGGCAAACCAGGCCCCAAGGGCACUAAAGGGCACCAAGGCCAUCUGGGUGAGACGGGACCAAUGGGGAAGAUCGGAGCGAACGGCGCCGUGGGCCCAAAAGGAUCAAGAGGAACCAUCGGACAUGUGGGUGCACCGGGGCGAAUGGGCCAGCAGGGGGAGCCAGGCAUACCAGGCUAUGAGGGUCAUCAAGGUCCAAUUGGCCCACUUGGACCUCCAGGACCCAAAGGUGAAAAGGGGGAGCAGGGGGAUGAUGGGAAGGUGGAGGGGCCUCCUGGUCCGCCCGGACUCAGAGGCCGUAUUGGAGACAGAGGUGAUAGAGGGGAGUCUGGUGAUCCCGGAUACAAAGGUCAACUAGGUGUAGAUGGAGAAAGAGGCAGAGCUGGUGCUCCUGGAUUACCUGGCCACCCUGGACCUCGUGGACUACAAGGGCCCAAAGGAUCUAAAGGAGAUUUGGGUCAAAAAGGCAAGCAAGGUCCAACAGCAGACAGAGGAAGCCGAGGAUCACCGGGUGUGGUGGGUUUGCCAGGGCCUCGCGGUGUGGUGGGCCGUGAGGGGCUUGAGGGCCCUCCAGGUGAAGACGGACACCCAGGAAAGGACGGGACCAAAGGCAUACCGGGGGAGCAAGGCGAUGAUGGGGCGUUUGGUCCUCCUGGCAAAGCUGGUGGCCGUGGCAAAGGGGGCGUGGUGGGCUUACCUGGAGACCAGGGUGCUUUCGGACCAAAGGGUGAGCGUGGUCUAGCAGGGCAUGCCGGCCCAGCGGGGAAGAGAGGCCAUAAGGGAGGGAUGGGUCUGCCCGGAACACAGGGCAGCAGAGGAGUCAAGGGUCAGCCUGGUGAUGUUGGAGAACCCGGAUACCCAGGGAUCCUUGGAAUAUUUGGACCUCAGGGACCUCCUGGGGACAUGGGUCCAAAGGGCGUCCGAGGGCCUAAAGGGCCACAGGGCGGCGUGGGGCGAAUUGGGGCGAUGGGUCCUAUGGGAGCCAUAGGCCCUCUUGGUAAUCCUGGUAUAAAAGGAGAUAAGGGAAACGGCGGGGAGAAUGGUGUGCGAGGACCAAGGGGUGCAGCGGGGCCUCGUGGACCACCUGGACCUCCAGGUCCUCCCAGUGUGCCCCCAUCUUUUAAGCAGAACGACUUUGCAGCUCUGCAGGUGUUCAUCGAUUCACACACUCCUCAUAAGAGAGAGACAGGAGUGAUGCUGGAUGAGGCGGUGGGUCUGCUGGAGACCCUGCACGACCUCCUGUCCGCUGUGCACAGCCUUCAGAACCCAGAGGGCAGCCAGCGCAACCCGGCGCGCCUCUGCAGAGAUCUACACCACUGCCAACACUCACACACUCACGGCACUUACUGGAUCGAUCCAAAUUUGGGCUGCUCCUCCGACUCCAUACAGGUUACAUGCAAGAACGGACACACUUGCCUCAAACCAAUCACAGCAGCCAAGUUGGAGAUUAAUGUGGGGCGUGUCCAGCUGAACUUCCUCCAACUGCUGAGUCUGGGAGCGGAGCAGAGUCUAACGGUCCACUGCUUCAACAUCAGUGUGUGGAGCCCUGCCCAUGGGCUCCCACCUUCCCAGAGGUCUGUGCGCUUCAGAGGGUGGGAAGGGGCGAUGCUCGAGCCCACUGUGCUGGAGGACACCUGCUGGCAGAAGGAUGGGCAGUGGCAUCAAGUGCGUUUCCUGUUCCGAGUGACAGAUCCCGCCCUGCUACCCAUCACUCACAUCGCCAACCUGCCGGAGGCCACGCCUGCCUCCCGAUACCACCUGGAGGUCGGACCUGUGUGCUUCCUCUAGGCACGUGUGUGUUUGGGUUUGUUUGUGUGUCUGUGUGUGUGUGUGUGCGUGUGCUGCAGUGGUGGAAACCCUCCCCGCACCCCACCAAAGGAGCAAAGAGGCAAAGAUGACCUCCACUGUACACACCACCAGAAACACAUCAUCCUAUUGGACCAGUCUCCU